AUGAAAAGAUCAAUGACCUCCCUGGAUAAGAGCAAUCAGGAUAUCAAAGGAAAUGUGCUGCUUGAUGCAAGGGAAGCUGUCGUAGACAAUGUUGAUAAAGUUAUGGAGAACAUGAUGCAGGGCAAUAAGAUCAGACGAGUUGCAGCUACUCGCAUGAAUGAGAGGUCAUCUCGAUCACACACGAUUUUCCGGAUUAUUCUGGAGUCGAAAGAUGCCAAUCAGAAAGAUGGACCUGUACAUAUAAGCUACCUUAACUUAAUGGACUUAGCUGAGAGUUUCCUGACGAAAGCUGCUGGUGAGCGUCUUAAAGAGGGGGCUAACAUAAACAAAUCUUUGUCAGUAUUAGGAAAUGUGAUAAGGCAACUAAGCGAGGGGAAGGAGUUUAUCAGUUAUCGCGAUUCGAAAUUGACUAGACUGCUCUCACAGGCUCUUGGCGGUAAUGCCAAAUUCAUUGAUUAUCGGGAAUGUUACUUUAGCUGCAGAGGAGGAGACUAG